AAGUGGUAGAUUUCAAAUGACAGCAUUAAAUAUAAAUUGACUUUAUCCAGCCGAAUUAACGACGCAUAACUAUGUUUGGACUCAUUAUAUCGGGUCGGUUGGUACAAACAGAUCCACAGCAGUUGGCAGAAACCCAAUUUGUGUUUAGUAUCCCCGAUGUAGACAGUGUCAAUCAUGUAGUUGUCUUUCUCACAGGACAAAUGGCAUUUCCAGAAGAAUUAGGGGCAGCAGUGUAUUUCUCCUUCCCAAACCCACAAGGACAGACAUGGCAGCUUUUGGGGCAUAUUUCUAAUGCUAAACCUAGUGCCAUCUUUAAAAUCACAAAAUUAAAACAAGAGGAUGCAAGUGUUUCUGGUCAUCCCUUCGGCCAGUUUGGUGGACAGCAGUCUCACAUGGCACAGAUCGGGAUAUCAGUGGAACCUCUAACACAACUCAGCCAACAAACUCCAGUGACCCAAGCUAAACCGUCUAGCGUGGAACCAUUUGUGGAAUUUUCACAGAAAAUGUUGGAGAACUUUUUUAACUAUGCCAGCUCCUUUGGACUCACACAAGCUCAAAUGACACCAAAUCCUUCAGAGACCUAUGUGCCUCUUAGUACUCUACAAUCAUGGUUUCAAACAUUUCAAAGACGAUUGCAACAGAACCCAUAUUUCUGGAGAUCUUGAAUAUGUUUUAUGAUUUUACACACAUAUUUUUGUUCAGAUUUUAAAGAAAUACUUAAUUUAGAGUAAAUCUGCUUUAAUCAAGCAUUGUUAUGUCAGAAUUCCGUCUUGAAUAUACUUUGUAGUAUAUUUUCUUUCCUUAUUCUAAUUUAGUGACCUUAGGAGGUAAUUCAGUUCAAACUCUUUGUGAACUUAAAUCCCAUAUUUAUGAUUCCCCUACCAGUAAAACCAGGGGUAAAUAUAGUUUGCCUCUCCAUCCCUCUGUUGCUGCAACUGUGAAAGUUUCUCAGUGCUCUUAAUGGUUUCAUUCUUUUAGGGAUUCUCAUCAAACUUCACACACUUAUUAAACAUCAAAAUAUCAUGGUCAAGGGUUUUUGGGUCAAGGUCACAGUUACAUUUUGUAGAAAACCAUUGUCAGACCUCUAGUGACUUCAUUCCUAGAGGGAUUCUUAUCAAACUUCACAAUUUAUUAAGGAUAAAAUUAUCUAUGACCAUUUAGAGUUUCAGGGGUGUAGGUCAUGGUCAUUGUUACUAUUUCUAGAAAAUUUGAAAGUCAUUACAUUGUAAUAUCUUGUUUGGGUAGGUAAGGGAAAUAUAUUGCUUCAGCAAUACUCAGUAUGCUUGUUUUCUUCUACAAAUGUGAAUUUGUUUGUCAAAAGAUUGAACAAGAAUGAAAUACUGCACAAUGUUGUUUUCACAUUUCAGUUGAUAUGGCUGAAGAAUAUCUAGCCCUGUAUAUACAGGCACCCUGGCAAUUGUUUGUGUGUCUGGUCUAUCUACAUUUUAUAGUUUCACUGUUAGUAGAUAUGCAGGUUUUAAUUUCUGAUUGGAUAUAACCAGGGUUGUAUAAUAUACACUUGUAUGCAAUUACUGAAUACAAUGUAUUUCCAGAUGUAAUGCCGGUAACAGCAGAGGUUUGACAUGAAAAACUUUUAUGAUGGUUACACUUAAUCAUCUGUAUAAUUUUAAUGAUUCUGCAAGAAAGAAGAGAUUCAUCAAUACAUAAUUUCUUUUGUUAAUCAUUGAAAAAGGUUUUCUCUGGCAGUACAUUUUUUUUCGGCUUCCCUGAUCCUUUGUUCAGCUUUCUGUCUUUAAUUGUAUGGAUUAAAGCUAUAUAAUAGAUUAAAAUCAUAUUCAUUGAGCUGUCUUUGUAACAUUGCAUUGAAGAUCAAUCUAUUAAAUCAUAUUAUAUAUUGGAC